AUGGCGAAAGACGAAGAACAAAGCAACGAAAAACCAUCACCAUUGUCAUGUUUCAAGAAUAUCUCAUUUCCAUUCAACACAACUUUCAUGAUCGCAAACUCGAUAUUCCUAGUCACAGCCGCAUUUUGGUUCGUCACCGUCUCAACGUUACAUUACAAGACCGAUGAAUGUAACCGGUUCGUGACGACUCCCGGAAUCUUCGUGAGCUUCUCAUUGCUCUCCAUGUCCCUCGCAGGAUUCUACGCCGCUUACUACAAAUCCGAUUGUCUCUUCAGAAUCCACUUCUUCAUCUUCUUCUUGUGGAUGUUCGUGGUCGUGGCUAAAGCCGUUUUCGUUUACCGUCUUAAUAAAGAGACCAAUCCUAGGUUGUACCCUGGGACAAAGAUCAAUGAGUUUAGACUCGAGGAUUACUCUGGAUGGGUUCAUAGAUUGGUCAUCAAAGAAGAUGAAUGGUAUCGUACUAGAAGAUGUCUUGUUAAGGACAAUGUUUGUAACAAACUAUUCUCUAACCAAAACAUGUCUUCUUCUGAGUUUCAUCAGAUGAACCUAACUCCUAUACAGUCGGGUUGCUGCAAACCACCACUUUCAUGUGGAUUAACUUACGUGAAACCAAACAUUUGGACGAUGUCAAAAUAUUAUAACAACGUAGAAAAUGAUUGCAGGACGUGGAACAAUACGGAAAACACAUUAUGCUUCGAUUGCGAUUCAUGUAAAGCAGUGGUUAUUGCAGAUUUACAUCAUACUUCGUUUUCCUUAACCUUUAAUGUCCUUCAUAUCGUAUUUAGUCUUUCAAUUGGCAUUAUCGGUUGGUUUGCUUGGUUAAGGAUGCUUCGAGAAACUCAGAAUUAG